UCGAUGACAUAACUCGGUAAUAUCGCCUGCAUUUUUCAACUACCGGAUCUGCCCCAUCCUUGGCUGCGCGGAUUAUUUAAUUAACCCUCCCAAAAGGAUAAAUUCGUGUCUCCAAUGCAUGGUGCUGCGUGUGAUUCGUAUUUAUAUUGUCGCUGGCUCUUCGCUUGUAUAUAAAUACUCAAAUGUCGCCAGCGCAAUAUCGCAUGAACAGUUCAGGAUUGCCCUGGUUUCCAGCUCGCUCCGUGAAGAUUCAACAUCGUGAAAAUGCAUUUCCUCACCUUCCUUGCCGUUCUCUCCGCCCCCCUAGCGGCCCUCGCUGCCCCAACCGUCGGCACACCUGUCCGCGCCCUCCCACCUAGCAGAAUCCUAGAUUCUCGCGCCGAAGCCGUCGUGACGCCUCCUCCCUGCGUGGCCAUUUCUCCGGCUCCCAGUGUCAACGAGACGCAGGCCCGGUCUGAAGCAUUCGCCAAUGCGUUUCUGGUCAAGAAGAAUUUGACCGAGGCUUUUACCUAUAUCGCCGCUUCGUACAGGAACCAUAACCCCUUCGCCAGCGGUGAUGGCCCCGGACCCGCCCUGGACGUUCUGGGACCGGUCUGGCCGACAGUACAGAUCACGGUACUACGAACGAAAUUCCAGAGCCCGCAAAGCUGGUUGAACUACCGGGUUAGUGGAAUGGGCGAGAUUGUGGACAGGUACAGGUGGGAGGCUGGGUGUAUCGUUGAGCACUGGGAUCAAGGAGAGCAAUUCCCAGCAUAAUGGAGUGAAGCAAUGAUGGAAUAGUGGGCCAUAAGGAAGUCAUUGCUUCAUGGACUGUCGGAGCAAGUGUGAGAGGCCGUGGGAUUACUUGGGCUUAUAAUACACACAUCCAAGGAUUUUGUGUUUACCUCUUGAUUUGUAAUCUCGUUAGCUUUCCAUGUGAUAUAAUACCCUCCAUUUGGCCGUAUUAUCUGGUGCAUACACAAAGCAACAAUGAUAAAUCAUCAGCA